AUUAUGUACGAUUAUUCACCGGGUACAUUGUUAUSUUAGGGACACUGAACGUAGAGGUCAUCUGGUCUGUACCACGUGAUGACGGUGACGCAACGGUUACUGGUUACCAGGUCUUUAUAAACAACCAAAAACACGGACAGCCGCUGAAUAUGAAUACCUUAAAAGUUGAUUUGAAGUUACCUGCAUCACCACAUGAUCACGUGAUUACUUUAAGGAGUCUUACAAACCAUCCCAUCGGUCAUAGCGAGCCUUCAAGUGAAAUACCCCUUCCUACUAAAGCCUUUUUGCCAUUCGUACAAUUUUGUUACUUUGGAGUACACUCUGAGUCGCAUGAUUGCUGCUAUGAAGACAGUCUUUCGUACGAAUUAAAAAACAAACAAGUAGCGAUGCACAGGGGUACCCUUGGGAAGCCUCUCCCCUCCCCUGUGUGUUAUGUUACAGAUGUUUUCAAAUCUCGUACUCGACACUUGGUUGAACCAACAGACAAACCGCUGGUUAUUCUGUUUUGGACUAUCUGGUGUCAUUCAUCAUUGAAAGCCAUGGCAAUGUUCGUAGAAUUUUCAAGAAAUCAUCAUGAACACAUGAAUUUUAUCACGUGCUGCGUUCAAAGUAACCAACCAGCCAGCGGUCAUCACCAUUGUCUACGUGAGCAGCUCACAUCACGUGAUUGGAUAUCCAAAAAUGUUCAACAUUUAUGUGGCUGUCAUCCUGCUGGUCAGCAGCCUUUCAUUCGACGUAACGAAGGGGGGAGUGGUAGGGGCAGUGUUUGUCACGUGUAUGGGCUUGUCGGUGUACCGACCAUAGUGCUUUGCAAUCACGAUGGCUAUAUUACAUGGCAGGGUCGUAUCUGUGCUCAUAACUUUGCUGAAUACGAAAAGUGCUUGCUUCACGCCUUCAAUGAAUCGUUAAACCAAGAAUGUAGUAUUUCAGAAUGUGAUCAAUGCGUGCUAGAUUACGAGUUAGACACAAGUAGUUUUACUUCACAGAUGCUAUCAAACCCUCACGACAGCUAUGACUACAAGAAAGCUAAACAAGACUCAUCCCUAGUGGUGACGGGACAUUUGUCAAGGUUUCACCAUGAUUACCAUUCGACAGAGAACUUUCAAAAAAUCGACRUAACUCCGUCCGACUUAACAGAAACUAUACACCCAGGCACUCUUAAAAACACAGAGGUUUUACGUCGCCGUCUACAUAAUACACGACCUCAAACGUCGCCUUCAAAAGAGAUAUCAUUGACACUUCCUGAAGCAAACGCUCGACCUUUAACUAGAGCGAAAACAGCCAAUCAAACGCGAAAUUCAAUAUUCAAGAGUCGGUUUUCGUCAUCUAUGACGUCAUCAUUACCAAGUCUUGGAUUGACCAAUAGGAGUUCAGAGUCUGGAAAACAAAGAUCAGUUUUAACUAAGCCAAAAAAAGUUACGAUAUCGGUUGAUGAAUUCAAUCCAGUUUAGAAAAUACCCUGACCCAAGGAAGACUGGGAUGACUUAUCAACGUCUAUUUUAUAUUUUUUCCUACUCGAAAAACCUUUGCGAAGUAACGGAAUAAGGAUCUUUUUUGGAAAAGAAAGAAGUUUAAAACAAGUAAGGUUAAAAUAAUCAUUUCACACCKGAUAUAGUGAUUGCAAUAUUUAUUUAAAAGAGUACAAA